GAAUUAUGUUAUGUCUUUUUUUAUACAAUAGAAUCAUUUGAUGAAAAAGUAAUUUAUUAUGGAUAAAAAAAUACUCCCAUGUUAAUACUUCGUCCGAGAGGGUUUUUAAAAAAAUUAAAGCAAUUUAGAAAGUUUUAUUUUUCGUUUUCUAAUAUCUUCAAUUGAAAGACUUGAAAACUAGUUAUAAAUUUUCAUGUAAAUAUAUCAAUUUUUUGAGCUAUUAAAUAAUUUCUAAACAAUCUUUAAUUGUAUUCAACGCAUCAUUUAUCUAAAGAGUUUUCUGUACUGUUGUAUAAAGAAGUUUAUGAUGAUUCUCGAACUUUAUUACGACAUUGAAUGAUAACAUGUUUUUUUAAAAGACAUUUCAAAUAAUCACCAUGUCAUAGUUAGUUUAGUUUAUUUUCUCUGCUUGAUAUUCAUUAGAAUGUAGAUUAAAAACAAAAUAAGAAGACUUCGUAUUCUGUUUCAAAAAAGGAAUAAGCCGGCAGACUGAGAUUUUAACAAACUUAUUACUAUUACUUGUUCUUUGUUUAAUUGAUAUGUUAGAUAUGAAAUAAUAAGAUAGACAUACAUUUAAUCAAUAUUAAUCUCGUGUUAAAUUUAGAAAUUCAAAAUAAAAUAUUUAUUUAUUUUAGAUAUCUGAAAUAAAUCUAAAUGCUAAAUUAAUUUUAUCACCAUGUUCAAUAAGUCAACAAGAAUCAAAGCAAAUUUAAUAUCAAACAUAACAGCAAAACUUGCUUUAAAUCUUCAUAUUGAUGAAAUAGCAACAAGUGGUGAAGAUUAGGCUGAUGAUGAAGAACAAAUUGAAGAUGUUCUUAAUAGAAAAAAUCUUAAUAAUAAUGAGGAUGAACAAGGUGAAGGUUGGAGUGAUACUGAAAUUGAAUUACCACCUGGAUCUUGUAUGUUUUUAUUCAAAUAUAUUCACGUUCACGUACAGCUUUUACAGCACUUCGAUCGUUACCAUCAUUAUAUGCAUAUUUCAUUAAGAAAUUGGCGUGAAGUCCAUUCACCAAAACUAUUUUAUCCAGCAGUUGGACGUGUUCAAAUCGCUUAUCGUUUAACAACAAAUGGAAAAUUUCAAGAAGCUGUUGAAAAAUUUCGUUCAAUAUUAUUAUCUGUUCCAUUAUGUAUUGUUGAAUCGCGUCAAGAUAUUCUUGAGAGUCAACAAUUAACUGAAAUAUGUAAAGAAUAUAUUGUUGGUUUUACAAAUACACUAAAAGUAUUAAGUGUUUCUGAAAAAAAUCCAAUUGAUGAACAUCCAUUAAAUUAUGAUGAAUAUAAUCCAUUUAAUAUUUGUGCUGCAUGUUAUCUACCACAUUUAUCGUGA